CCGGUAUGUAAGCAGUACGUGUUUGGGAUUGUACGCGAAUUGUUUAAGCGGUAUAUUUAAAAGAUACUAAGUCAUUUUUUCGUGGGACCAUUUUGCAUUUUUCUUGAAACAUUUAAUACGUCCGUAACACGAAGUUAAUCGAUAUUAAACAAGAAAUAUCGUCUUAUUCUUCAUCGCUCGAGAGCUGGUGGUCAAAAUGGCGGAAAAGAAUGACUCGCCGGGUUCCACCUCAACUUCUAGUGGGCAAGAAGGCCAGCAACUGCUUUCAAGUUUCAUUGCUGAAAUUAUAAAGAGUCCGAUAAAUCUCAUUUUAGUAGGCGUAAUUGCCAUGUUGGUUUAUAAAAUUGUUAAAAGCAAAACAAAAAUAGAAGAGCCCGUAGAAGAAAUAAAGAAGCUGCCAAAGUUGCGACGUGAUUUUACUCUCGAAGAAUUGAAAAAGUACGAUGGUACGGGACCAGAUGGACGAAUAUUAGUUGCUGUGAACGGCACCGUUUACGACUGUACUCGCGGUGCCCAUUUCUACGGCCCUAAAGGAACAUAUUCAACAUUUGGUGGCAAAGAUGCUAGCAGAGCCUUAGCAACAUUUUCAGCAACAGUGCAACCACAAGAGGGACAUGAUGAUCUAAGUGACUUGGAUAGUGAUCAGAUGGAGUCUAUGAGAGAAUGGGAAGAACAAUUUAAAGAAAAAUAUGACGUUGUGGGAAAAUUAUUGAAACCUGGUCAAGUACCUACAAAUUAUUCAGAUGAAGAAGAUGAAGGUAGUCAACAAGAGAAUGAAACAAAAUCCAAAAAUGAAUGAUUUCUUGAUUACACAUCAAAUGCCAAACAGUUUCAAAAGGAUAAUGCGCACACACCACCAAUGGAACUCUUAAAAUCGUGGCUCAUGAAUAUAUUUAUGGACAUCCAUCUGGAUAUUUUACUACAUCA